AUGGAUCUCUACAAAAGCAAAGCAACAACAACCACCGUUACUCUCUCAUGUCUUCUCCUCGUUUCUUCAUACUACACCAUCUCCACCUGUAAAUCAGCCACAGAUCAACCCUCGUCCCAGCUCUUUCUAUUUGUGGGAUUCGUUUUGGCCGCAGCUUUGUCGCUUCUGAUACUUGUCACUGCUGCACGAGCCACCAUGGUCGCGUGGAUAACGGUGAUUGUCUUGCUGGCUUUCUCGGGUACACGGCGCCGUGUUCUGGCAAAGCGGGGGAACACAAUAACGACGGACGUGGCUAUGUGCUUGGUCAGGGUUCUGAUUAGGGAGGCAGAUCCUCGCGGUUAGUCUGAUGGGGUUAGCACGAUGUUAGAGAGUGUAUUUACUAUUUACAUAUCAUCGUUGUAUAUAACUUAAAAGUACUCCUUUUGGUGAAUGAUUUACGGUUUUGUUUUUAUUUUUAUCCAAUGUACGUUUCUAGUAUCUAAAAAUAUGUGUGUGGAAUUCUUCGAAUGUUCAUUAACUUCUAGUCAAGUUAUGAGUACUUCUCUCUGUUUCAUAAAAUGUAAUUUUAGGUUUACUUUUUUUUUUUUU